ACAGCUGUCAGUUGACAGGAAAUAUCAUGGUAGUGUGCGCCUACACCAUUUCCACGUCAGUAAGUUUGCCUGUGGUGGAGAUUACCUACCGGUGACAGAAUAUCUGUCUAUUGAUAUUACAGAAAAACAGCAGGGCAUGACAACUCUACGUGGAACUGUCUAAAGUAUUCACUAUGGUGGACAAGAAUAUAUACAUCGUUCAAGGGGAGAUUUCUGUUGUUGUUGCUGCUAUUAAGAGGAACUCUAGAUGGAGUACCCAUACUCCUUUGGAUGAAGAACAGGAUCCACUACUCAACAGCUUCAGCCACUUGAAAGAGACCCUCAAUAACAUAAAAGAUCUUUCCGAUGUGGAACCCAAUGUGUUUCUUAGACCUUUCCUGGAGGUGAUCCGCUCAGAGGACACAACUGGACCAAUCACAGGCCUUGCUCUCACAUCGGUCAACAAGUUCUUAUCAUAUGGCCUUAUAGAUGCCAAUCAUGAAGGGGCAGCAGAGGGCAUCGAGAACAUGGCCGACGCCGUCACACAUGCAAGAUUCGUGGGCACAGACCCCGCGAGUGAUGAGGUUGUACUGAUGAAAAUCCUUCAGGUUUUAAGGACUUUGCUGCUGACUCCAGUUGGAGCCCAUCUUACCAAUGAGUCCGUUUGUGAGAUCAUGCAGUCCUGUUUCCGAAUAUGCUUUGAAAUGAGAUUAAGUGAGCUGCUGAGAAAGUCAGCUGAGCACACGCUGGUGGACAUGGUGCAGCUGCUCUUCUCCAGAUUGCCACAGUUCAAAGAGGAGGCCAAGAGUUAUGUGGGCACUAACAUGAAGAAGAUCCCAGGCUGUAUUCUGGACACACAGGAUUUUAUUUAUGCAGAGCAGCCUAGAAACACCAAUCAGACGGGCUUAGAGAGGCUGAAGAUGAGAGCCGGGGGAAUGAGCGAGUCGUCCAAGUGGAAGAAACAGAAGCGUUCUCCCCGCCCCCCUCGUCACAUGGUACGCAGUCCCUCAGGACAGAUGGAUCCAGCCCAGUCCAGUACCCUCACCAACAACCUUUCAGGUGGAGUGCCCUUUAUAGAGCACCACAGUGGAGGCUCUUCUACUCUUCCUGGUUCAGACAGUGCAGCUUCCUCCAUCUCCAGCCCCACCAAUGACAGUGGCUUAGACAAUGGCUCUAAAACCACCUCAAAGGAAGAUCUCACAGACCUGGAGCAGAGCAGCUCAACGGCCACUACUCCCAUGACACCCUCCGCAGAGCCAGGCAGACUGGAAUCACAGUGUGAAGGCAGGGAAGUGGAGCGUGCCCAUUCAGCCUCAGUGGAGUCCAUUCCUGAAGUCCUGGAAGACAGAGACUUGCUGGCUGACCAGUCUGAUUCGGCAUCGGUUCACGACAUGGACUACGUGAAUCCCAGAGGAGUGCGCUUCACGCAGUCCACCCAGAAAGAGGGUGCUGCUUUAAUCCCGUAUGGUCUCCCGUGUCUGAGAGAGCUCUUCCGGUUCCUCAUCUCUCUCACCAACCCACAUGACCGCCAUAACUCAGAUGUGAUGAUGCACAUGGGCCUCCAACUGUUGAACGUGGCCCUAGAAGCCGCACACAUCGCCCCCUACCAGUCGUUGCUCUGUCUGGUCAAAGAUGAGCUCUGUAGACAUCUCAUACAGUUGUUAAACGUGGACAGAAUGAAUCUGUACGCUGCCUCUAUACGUGUGUGCUUUCUUCUCUUUGAAAGCAUGCGAGAACAUCUCAAGUUCCAGCUUGAGAUGUACCUGAAGAAGCUAAUGGACAUCAUUACCUCAGAGAACCCUAAAAUGCCCUACGAGAUGAAGGAGAUGGCCCUGGAGGCCAUUGUACAGCUCUGGAGAAUCCCCAGCUUUGUCACAGAGCUCUAUAUAAAUUAUGACUGUGACUUUUACUGCUCCAACCUGUUUGAGGACCUCACCAAACUGCUCUCUAAGAAUGCCUUUCCCGUGUCUGGGCAGCUCUACACUACGCAUCUCCUCUCUCUUGAAGCCCUGCUAACAGUGAUUGACAGCACAGAGGCUCAUUGUCAGGCCAAAGUGCUCAACAGUGCUGCACAGCAGGACCAAUCAGAAUCAACAACAGUUGAAGGAGACAGUUCAGUCAAUACAAUCACCGAUUCAACCACAGAGGCUGUACCGGGUUCUAAUGGGCAGAAUGCUGUGGUGUCAGAGACGAGGGCUGCCUGUCCUCCCACCAGCGGUCAUCUGAUGGCAGAGAAGAUGAGGUUUGGCAGACAGGACCAGGAGGAGACGGAAACAGCGGAGAAGAAAAGCUUGAAGAAGCCUCAGCGUUUCACCGGCUGUCUUCCAGAUUCUCAGGAACUUUUAGAGAUCAAGAGCAAGAAGAAGCUUCUGAUCACGGGUACAGAGCAAUUCAAUCAGAAGCCCAAAAAGGGCAUUCAGAUCCUGCAGGAGAAAGGUCUGCUCAGCAGCCCCAUGGACAAUAAUGAGGUGGCCCAGUGGUUGAGAGAGAACCCCCGCCUGGACAAGAAGAUGAUUGGAGAGUUUAUCAGCGACCGCAGGAACACUGACCUGCUGGACAGUUUUGUCAACACGUUCGCCUUCCAGGGCCUGCGCAUAGACGAGGCGCUUCGCUUGUAUCUGGAGGCAUUCCGUCUUCCUGGUGAAGCGCCUGUCAUUCAUCGGCUCUUGGAAACCUUCACUGACAACUGGCAUAAAGUAAACGGUAAUCCCUUCCAGACAAACGAUGCUGGCUUCGCCCUGGCUUAUGCCGUCAUCAUGCUAAACACCGAUCAGCACAACCAUAACGUUCGAAAGCAGAACAUCCCCAUGACGUUGGAGCAAUUCAAGAAGAAUCUCAAAGGUGUGAAUGGAGGAAAUGACUUUGAUCAAGACAUGCUGGAAGACAUCUACAAUGCCAUCAAGAACGAGGAGAUUGUGAUGCCGGACGAGCAGACGGGGCUGGUGAAGGAGAACUAUGUGUGGAGUGUUCUGCUGCACAGAGGAGCCUCUUCUGAAGGGUUAUUCCUGCAUGUGCCUGGCAGCAGUUACGACCGCGACCUCUUCACUAUGACCUGGGGACCGACUAUCGCCGCCCUUUCCUACGUUUUUGACAAGAGCCUGGAUGACACUAUCAUUCAGAAGGCCAUCACUGGGUUCAGGAAAUGUGCCAUGAUCUCUGCACACUACGGCUUCAGUGACGUCUUUGAUAACUUAAUCAUUUCACUCUGCAAGUUUACUACUCUCAGCUCUGAGUCUGUAGAGAACCUGCCCACUGUAUUUGGCAGUAACAGGAAGGCUCAAGUCGCUGCCAAGACUGUGUUCAGCCUGGCCCAUAAUCAUGGUGACAUUUUACGAGAAGGAUGGAAGAACAUCAUGGACUCCAUGUUGCAGCUUUUCAGGGCUGAGCUCCUACCCAAGUCCAUGGUUGAGGUUGAAGACUUUCUAGACCCUAAUGAGAAGAUUUCCUUACAGCGUGAAGAGACACCAUCAAACAGGGGUGAGUCUGCUGUAUUGAGUUUUGUGAGCUGGUUAACAUUGAGUGAACAAUCUGGGCUCAGAGGCCCCUCCACUGAGAACCAGGAGGCCAAACAAGCUGCCCUACUCUGCAUAAAGCACUGUGACCCAGAGAAGCUGAUUACAGAGAGCAAGUUUCUGCAGUUGGAGUCUUUACAGGAGCUCAUGAAGGCUCUCAUCUCGGUGACCCCUGAUGAGGAAACGUAUGAUGAAGAAGAUGCUGCUUUUUGUCUGGAGAUGCUGCUACGUAUUAUUCUUGAAAACAGGGACAGAGUAUCAUGUGUGUGGCAAACGGUGCGGGAUCACCUCUACCAGUUAUGCGUCCAUGCUAAUGAGAGCUGCUUCCUGGUUGAGAGAGCAGUGGUGGGAUUGCUCAGACUUGCUAUACGCUUAUUACGCAGAGAGGACAUUGGCUCACAGGUUCUCCUCUCUCUUCGCUUGCUGUUGAUGAUGAAGUCUCACGUCCUGUCCAGAGUCAGUCGAGAGGUGGCAUACGGCUUGCAUGAGCUGCUCAAAACCAACGCUGCAAACAUCCACAGCACUGAUGACUGGUACACGCUCUUUUCACUGGUGGAGUGCAUUGGGGCUGGGGUCAAACCUCCGGCUGCCAUGCAGGUUGCCAGCACCAACCCUGACAAUGACACAGGUGCUCAGUCAGAUAGUGAACUGAGUACAUAUCAUCAGAGUGAAGUUAGUCUUGACCGGGGAUACACAUCUGACUCUGAGGUUUACACCGAGCACGGCAAAUCCAGAAUACCCCGUUCAGCUACCGAUGUGGAUGUGGGCUGGCUAGUGGUUGGUAAAGAUGACCUGGAUGGAUCUAAGGCAGCAGUGACCCUACCUUCAAAGCCACUGACCAAUCCUCUCGUUAACCAGUACAGUUUAACUCUCGGGCAGGACAUGGGUCUGCAUGACACCAAGUCCCUCAUCAAGUGUGUGGAUUCGCUGUCCUUCAUCGUUCGCGAUGCUGCCCAUGUCACUCCAGAAAACUUUGAGCUUUGUGUUAAAGCCAUACGAGUGUUUGUGGAGGCUAGCCUUAAUGGAGGGUACCGCACCCAUGAGAAGAAAAAGAGCCACAAAUACGACUCCAAAUCCAGCCGGCUCCGAAAGAAGCCACGCGAGAAGGAAGGCACAUCGCGGAGAGCCAAAACGUCCAGUCAGCGGCCCGCCCGUUCCCAUAGCGAUGAUGAGGAAGAUGAGGGCGUGCCGGCCAGUUACCACACGGUGUCUUUUCAGGUUAGUCUGGACUUGUUAGACCUGAUGCAUACACUGCACACACGAGCAGCCGGCAUCUACAGCUCUUGGGCAGAGGAACAGCGCCAUCUAGAGGAUGCUGGAAGAAAGAUCGAGGCGGACUCUCAAACACUGUGGUCCAGCUGCUGGUGUCCACUCCUUCAAGGUAUGGCUUGGUUGUGCUGUGAUGCACGGAGACAAGUCCGCAUGCAAGCUCUCACCUACCUACAGAGAGCACUUCUUGUACAUGAUCUACAAACUCUGGAUGCAGUGGAGUGGGAGUCCUGCUUUAACAAGGUCCUGUUUCCUCUGCUGACAAAACUCCUAGACAACAUCAGUCCAGCUGAUGUGGGCGGCAUGGAAGAGACCAGAAUGAGGGCCUGCACAUUGCUUUCUAAGGUGUUCCUGCAGCAUCUCUCUCCUCUGCUCUCUCUGCCUACUUUUGCUGCCCUCUGGCUCACCAUUCUAGACUUCAUGGACAAAUACAUGCAUGCUGGCUCCAGCGACCUUCUGCUUGAGGCGAUCCCGGAGUCUCUGAAGAACAUGCUGCUGGUGAUGGACACAGCAGGGAUCUUUCACAGCGCAGACUCUCGUACAGGCUACUCUGACUUGUGGGAAAUCACCUGGGAAAGAAUUGACUGUUUUCUGCCUCAUCUAAAGGAGGAGCUCUUCAAACAGGCUGUCAUCCCAGAACCAGUGUGUAAUGUUCCUGUGGAGUCCGUCCCACCGCUGCCUGUUGCCGUUACUCCAGCCUCUUCCCCUGUGCCAGCCCCCUCACCAGUGCCAGCUGCCCCUGCAGAGCAAAAUAGCACCAGCAGACCCGCAUCGCCUCAGGAUAUGCCGACACCUAGUACCAAUGGAACAGAUAGAUCAUCUCCAGUUCCUCCCUCAACACCUCCGAUACCCACUCCAGUAAAGAUGAGUCCUCCAGAAUCCCCGCCCCCUCUCGGCCAGUCUCCACUCAUCCUGCAGCCCCUCGCCUCUCCACUGCAAGUUGGCGUUCCCCCGAUGUCCCUGCCAAUCAUUCUGAACCCAGCUCUCAUAGAGGCUACCUCACCCGUGCCCCUGCUUCCCCGCCCCACCACUGACUGACCCGCCCGUCAAACGUAAGCCAUCAGAGUGCCGCGGCGUUUGAAGGAGAAACACAUUGGAAGAAGCAUCUGAUUUCACUGUUCUCCUGCAGGCGAACACUCUCCACAGCUGUAGCCCACACUAUUAAAUUAUGUAACAGCAGGACCUGGAAUAAGAGCGCAUGAGAGGAUAUUGACAUGCAUGGUUGCCUCUCUUCGUUUCAAACAUCAGAGAAACUCCCAAACCGCUCGGACUCGAAUGUCUUUCAGUUAGAGAUGUUACAUAGAUGAUCAUAUUUAUUCAAAACAGGAAGGUGCCGCGAUGGAGGACAGUUUAUUAUUGAUGAGACUACAUUUAUUUCAGUCAGGGGGGUCUGGUAGGUUAGUUGCACCUGUCAGAUCAGAUUUUAAUGUACUAGUACUCGGUUGUUACUCGUGAGAUUUAGUCAGUGAUCACAGAGAAUGGCUGAUCGGUAGAAGUAUCGCACACUGGGUCUGGCUAAUGAUACCAUAAAAACUACACCUACAAACUGUACAGGAUGAUGAAGAAAACGUAAUUUAUUUUGAUAAUUCAUAUUGUUUCUUAUUGUGGCUUUUACACUUUAAUUACAUUGCUUUGCCGUAAAUUAGUCCAGAGAAAACAGUCACAGUGAAGUAGCCACUUAUUGUUCACUAUACAUGGUUUCAUAGUGGGGAAAUUAAAGGGAUAGUUCACCCAAAAAUUAACAUUCUUUCUUCUGUAGAACACCAAAAGAACGUUCAAUUUCCAUUGUAUGGACUAUCACAUUUAUCAAAAUAUCUUUUUUUUGUUCCACAGAAGAAAGAAAGUCAUGCAAAUUUAGAUCGACAUAAGGGUGAAUAAAUGAUGACAAUGUUCAUUUUUGGAUGUACUGUCCCUUUAAGUCUACAAAAGUAAUUUUGGUUGAAAACAAUAAAAUAUGGCUUAUACCCACUAAUUCAUUAUCGUGCACCUCUACAACAUUCCAGACACGUCACUAAUGUUUUCAACUAAAUGAACCAGCUGAACUCUGAAUGUCAGAUUUUAUUUUGAUGGGUAUUUUUUUAUUCAUAAGUUGUCUUAAAGAGAGAGUUUUGUUGCUCAGGUUUAUGCUGUAUCGCUGUGGCAUUUCUGCUCUUUAAAAGUUUCCCUUUCAAUAAUUUCUCCUGGCCAUGAUCAUGAUGACAUGAUCAGUUCUUUCAAAUAAAUGUUUCUGCUGUUCUUUCUAUCAACCAUAUCCCUUUAUUGUGGUGAUCUCGGCUCUGGAAGUUUAGCAACCACUUUUAGUUUUGUAUGAAUUAAUAAGUGCUUCAUAAAAAGUUCAUGCCAGAAGAGAGCUGUAAAAUUCACUAAUAUAAUAGUUCUCAGACCCGCACCUCCGCUUGCAUCAGCCAAGACCACCCGAGAACAGCUCAAGUUCAUCUAGAGAUCAGUGUAUGACCUGAGACUUGUGGUUUCUCCUCUCAGCAUGUGUUUGGAUCAGUACAGAAACUGUAGGGGCUUUAAGGAAUUAUACUGUAAUUUAAUGUAGAUUGUCACUGCUGUACUUCAGUGACAGCAGAACAAUGACACCAACACAAACAUAAGAGGUGGCUGUGGACAGAUGGACGUUUUCUUUUCUAUGUGCACUUGUUGUACUGCAUUCUUAGAUACAUCAGGAACUAAUUCUGUAGUCAACAGGUAAUUCAAUGAAAAUAAUCUGUGUAUAUAUAUGAAUAAAAGUUAAUGUACUUUUUACAAUGUAAUAAAUAUAUGGUAAAAUAUCCUAA